AUGGACCAAGUGAGGGAUGCACCACCUAGUGGAACCGUGGAGAGUGACUAUGAGACAAUUGCCGGCUUGAGGUACAAGGAGAUGGCCGCUUCCAAGGGCAAGCCAUUCCCAUUUAAGCAUGUUUGGUCAAUUCUUCAAACCUUUGACAAGUGGAAGUUGAGGGAUCAAGAGACCGCACCCAAGAAGUCGGCAAUGCUAAGGAUGAACGAUAGUGAAGAUGAGGAGGAGAGGAACGUGGGCAAGCCCGAGGGAAACAAGAAGGGCAAGCUAAGGGUGAAGAUGGAAGAAGAGGCGUCAAGCCUAAGGGAGAAGAUGGACCACAUGAUAAAGGCAAGAGAGGAAUUGACAACGAAGACAUUGGAGAUGAAGCUUCUUAUCACCGAGAAGAAGAAAGAGGUCAAGCUUGCACAAGUUGAAGCAAAACGUGAAGAAGCAAAGCGCAAGGCCGAGUUGGAGGAGAGGAUGAUCAAGCUCAAAGAGGCAAAGGUAUGGAAAGAACUCAUGGUGGAAGAGAAAGAGCACAUGAUGAUGUCCAAGAAGGACAUGGAUCAAGACCAAUUACAAUGGUGGAAGGACUACAAGGAGGACAUCGCGGAGAGGAAGAGGAUGUUUCGUGUUGCGUCCUCUACUUUUCGAGGUGACACUCCGAUGAGUAGUUGUGGUGAUGGCGGUGUGUACGACUCCAUCGGUGGCGAUGGACAUGCUUGAUGGAGCCCGCUUGUGGUCUAGGAGAUGGCGCCGAGGUGCAACUUUUGGUGAUGGUGCCGAUGAGAGGAGGAAGAUGAUGAUUUUGUGAUGUAAACUAUUAAACCAUGCAUCAAUGAUUGUCAUUUGGUAGUUUGUUUGGAA